UUCGAGGAAGCCGUUUAAUUGCGAUCCCUUCCUUCCUCUCCCUUCUUCCUCGUGUUCUCUCUCUCGACUGCCGCCUCUUUGACCCCCCUCUCUUCUCGCGAUUGGAACCAAUCCGAACCCUAGCGAGAUAGAAGACGAGUCUGCAGAGGAGAGGGAGCGGCGGUGGGCAGGGCCAUGGGGCAGUGCUACGGCAAGAACGUCUCUGCCGCCGAGGACGGCGACGCCGGUCGACAUCGGGAUCCCCAGACCUCGGUCAACGGCGGACCGAGGGUCGGCUCCCCGGCGCCCCCAACCCCGCAGCGGAAGGGUCGGAGCGGCGCCGCCACGCCCGUCCGCUCCUCCGCCAGCGCCAGCGCGUGGCCCAGCCCGCACCCGCAAGGAUCCGCCAGCCCCCUCCCCGACGGGAUCUCCCCAUCGCCGGCGAGGUCAACCCCGCGGCGAUUCUUCCGCCGGCCGUUCCCGCCGCCGUCCCCGGCGAAGCAUAUAAUGGCCGCCCUCGUGAAGCGCCAGGGCCCGCCGAAGCCUAAGGAAGGGCCGAUCCCCGAGGACGGGACUGGGGAGGUGGAGAGGCCGCUGGAUAAGAGCUUCGGGUACGGCAAGAACUUCGGGGCCAAGUAUGAACUAGGGAAGGAGGUUGGAAGGGGGCAUUUUGGGCACACGUGCUUGGCCACUGCCAAGAAAGGCGAGAUCAAGGGUCAGCUUGUCGCCGUCAAGAUUAUCUCCAAAGCAAAGAUGACAACACCAAUUUCAAUUGAAGAUGUUCGUAGGGAGGUCAAAAUCCUGAAAUCUUUGUCUGGCCAUAAAAAUCUUGUCAAGUUUUAUGAUGCAUGUGAGGAUGCACUUAACGUCUACAUAGUCAUGGAAUUAUGUGAAGGUGGAGAAUUAUUAGAUAGAAUUCUAUCCAGAGGUGGAAGGUACUUGGAGGAGGAUGCAAAGGCUAUUGUUGUUCAAAUUCUCAGUGUAGUUGCCUUUUGUCAUCUUCAAGGUGUUGUACAUCGCGAUCUAAAGCCAGAGAAUUUUCUUUUCGCUACGAAAGAUGAAAAUUCACCAAUGAAGUUGAUUGAUUUUGGUCUUUCUGAUUUUAUUAAACCAGAAGAAAGACUAAAUGAUAUUGUUGGAAGUGCAUACUACGUUGCUCCUGAAGUCCUACAUAGAUCAUACAGUACAGAGGCAGAUAUCUGGAGUAUUGGUGUUAUAGCGUAUAUUUUGCUGUGUGGUAGUAGACCUUUCUGGGCAAGGACAGAAUCGGGAAUUUUUCGUUCUGUGCUGAGAGCUGAUCCCAACUUUGAUGAUUCACCAUGGCCAGAUGUUUCUUGUGAAGCUAAAGAUUUUGUGAAAAGACUUCUAAAUAAGGAUUACAGAAAAAGAAUGACAGCUGCACAGGCUUUGACGCACCCUUGGUUGAGAGAUGAACAACGGCAAAUUCCUCUGGACAUGCUGAUAUUUAAGUUAAUCAAGUCAUAUCUACGUGCCACACCUCUCAAACGAGCUGCAUUAAAGGCGCUAUCUAAAGGUUUAACAGAGGACGAGCUAUUUUAUCUAAGAUUUCAGUUUAAUUUGUUACAACCAAAUAAAGAUGGACACAUAUUCCUUGAAAACUUUCGGAUGGCACUAAUGCAAAAUGCAACGGAAGCAAUGAGGGAGUCUAGGGUUACAGACAUACUAAAUGCGUUGGAGCCACUCUCAUAUCGAUGGAUGGAUUUUGAGGAAUUCUGUGCUGCUGCAAUCAGCCCCUAUCAUCUUGAAGCUUUGGAAGGUUGGGAACAGCUAGCCAGUAGAGCUUUCGAGCAUUUUGAACGGGAGGGAAACAGAGUCAUCUCUGUUGAGGAACUGGCACAGGAACUGAAUAUUCCCCCGACGUCUUAUUCUUUUCUGAAAGACUGGAUUAGACCAGAGGACGGGAAGCUCAACGUUCUCGGAUACACCAGAUAUUUACAUGGUGUCACUAUACGCAGCUCAAACACAAGACAUCGCUAGAUUCGGUGACCAUUGUUGUAGAUCUCUAAUAUUUGAUCCAUUAAAUAUAGAGCAUGUCAUUUUCACCAUUUCUUUUCCUUCUUUGUUAUCUUUUUUUUUUCUUCUCCUUUUCAACUUGACAUAGUAGCUUCUUAGAGUGCAUUACAAAAAGAUGGUCCACUGCAUGAUGCUCCUACCAAUAUGAUGCUUCAAGGGGGUCAAUGCAUGAAGUCUUGUUCUUCCCAGUGAGUAAAGGGAAACAGAGAGAUGAUGAUGGUCUUGAAGAUUCAACUUGGGACGGGCAAUCUUAUCAUCCAUUCUAUA